ACAGAAUGGCAGACGUCAGUAUUCAGAUGUGUCAUGUGCCGUGUGCUGUGCAGCCUGUGCUGAAGACAUCUCCAAUAUUCUCCGCAACUGUACGGAGUCCGCGCUCCAGCACGGGAAAGAUGAUCUAUCGGAGGCUUUGGCAGAGCAAUACUUCGAGCUCCGGCCGUCGGUGGUUGUGUUUGCUGGCAUCCCUAAGUUCAUCGGCGUCACCGAUUCCGUCGACGAAGUUCUCGAAGCAUGGGACCUUGCUUCUUGGGUUUGCUUCUCAGUCGCUGUCCUCUCGUUACGCCUCGGCUUCGUUUCCUUUGGCUAAUAAGCCAAUUACUGUGAACAUGGCAUAUAGUUUGAUGCGGUAUUAUUUUUCAACUCAAGCUUUGGUUGAUCUUCCAGCGGGUGGGAUAGUUGAUGUGCCUCUGGCACAGACUGGUGAAGGUAUUGCUGAAUGUGAGCUUCUCAAAUGGUUUGUGCAUGAGGGGGAUGAAGUUGAUGAAUUUCAGCCACUUUGUGAAGUUCAGAGUGACAAAGCUACCAUAGAAAUAACAAGUCGUUACAAAGGAAAGAUUUCUCAAAUUCUUUAUGCUCCGGGUGAUAUUGUGAAGGUUGGAGAAACUCUUCUAAAGAUAGUUGUUGAAGAUUCUCAGGCUCCUACACUUACUUGUAAGGGUUCAGACAACAUAAUGUCUUUGCAUUCUGAAGUAUAUGACUCUACUACUCAAAGUUCUGUCCCAAACAAGCAUAACAUGGGUGGAGUUCUAUCCACACCAGCUGUUAGGAACCUGGCAAAGGAAUAUGGUAUAAAUAUAAAUGAUGUCCAGGGAACUGGAAAAGAUGCGAGGGUGUUGAAAGAAGAUAUCCUUAACUAUGUUGCCCACAAAGAGACUGCUAGAGAACCACUUUCCUCACUAAGUGUUAAUCCUGCAGAAUUUUUGCUGGAAAGAGAAGAGAAUCGGUGUGCAUCUUCUGCUGAUGGAUGGCAAUACAAAGAUACAACAGUUUCAUUGAGGGGAUUCCAGCGUACAAUGGUUAAAUCAAUGACAAUGGCUGCGAAAAUUCCCCAUUUUCAUUAUGUAGAAGAGAUAAAUUGUGAAGCACUUAUCGAGCUUAAAGCAUCUUUCCAAAGGGAGAAUUCUGAUCAAGAUGUGAAGCACACAUUCCUUCCGUUAUUGAUAAAGUCACUCUCAAUGGCAUUGAGCAAAUAUCCAUUAAUGAAUAGUUGCUUCAAUGAUGAAUCAACUGAAGUCAUCCUUAGAGGCUCUCACAAUAUUGGAAUCGCCAUGGCUACUUCAUAUGGUUUAGUUGUACCAAACAUAAAGAAGGUCCAGUCACUUUCAAUCUUGGAGAUAACAAAGGAGCUAUCACGACUUCAGCAAUUGGCAGUAGAUAACAAGCUUAGUCCUGACGAUAUAUCUGGUGGAACAAUAACUUUGAGCAAUAUUGGAUCUAUAGGCGGAAAGUUUGGUUCUCCCAUCCUCAAUGUACCUGAAGUUUCCAUAAUCGCAAUUGGCCGAAUCCAGAAAGUUCCACAGAUAGCGGAUGAUGGGAGUGUUUAUGCGGUGUCAAUCAUGAAUGUUAAUAUUGGCGCAGAUCACAGAGUUCUGGAUGGAGCCACUGUUGCUAGAUUUUGCAAUGAGUGGAAACAACUUAUUGAAAAACCGGAGCUGCUGCUGCUGCAUCUGAGAUGAUUGGUCUCAACUUGACUGGUUAUAAGAUGUGAUGUCUUUAUCCUCUUCAGGAGCAUUUCUUUCCGGGCUGUUGAGGGUUGGGGACCUACUCGCCCCGGGGAUCAGUGCCAGUAAGAUUUCAUGGCGAAAUGAAAUAUGAAGUCAUUUGAAUCUUGUAUAGACUUUCAGUCCAAUAAACACUUUCAGGCCAAUAAACACUUCAGAUGUAAUCAUCUUCCCCCUCGAUUAUAUGGCAUUAAUAUGGGCAUAAAAUCUAAGAUAUUUGUUGUUGAUAGUUGAUUUAUCAAACAAAUGUAUUUAAGAGCCCAUUUGAUUGGGAAUAAGAGGAGAAAUGAAAUGGGUUUCCCUCCACCUCUCUUGUUUGAUUGGUUUACAGGUGGAGAGAAGAAAGAAGAAUCGGAGAAAAAAGAAAAGGUGGAAAUGAAUCAUUUUUCUUUUAACCAUAUAAACUAGUUUCUGUUCUUUAUGUCUACUUCUCUCUGACUCAAUUGCGCUUCAAGUUUUCUCAAAAUUGAAAUGUCGUCAAUAUGGAGCUAAUGGGGAUUUAAUGGGAGAGAGAGAUGACUUUACAUGUAUUCUCCUGGGAUUUGUAAAUGAAUAUCAUAGUACUUAUGGCUUGUAUAGUGUUUUCUCACUCGAAUAAAAUAAGUAGUCUCUAUUUUAUCA